AUGGGUUCAAGUCCUACCAAAAUGACUCCUGUUUGUACAAAUGAACUCGUGCAACAACCAGUAUCAGUCUAUGUACCUUUAGAAUCGCUCACUGAACCAGUUGUCCGUUCUAUAAUUUCAGUUAUAACUUCAUCUUAUGAACUAAAUAUGAAUUGUAGCCAACGUACUCUUCUUAUGUUCUUACUUGCAAUCGAUGAAAAAUUGCAACAAAUUGAAAAUAAAACAGAUACAGCUGAACAAAUAUCCGAUGAAAGUAUUAUUCAGCAUGCAAAAAACCCAUUUAAUGAUGUAAAACGAUCUCGUGACUAUAUAAAUAAGUUUCGCAAGGACGGUUUUAAGCCUGAAGAACUUAAACUCUAUUGGAACGUAGAACAAAUUGAAAAUCUCUGUCCAAAACAAGGAGAUCAGUCAAAAAUAAUACCGCCACAUGAUCCGUUAGAUGCCGAUGCUAUUGAAAAUCUUCGAAAGUUUCCUGUUUGCGAUCGAAAUCAUCGUGUCAAGAUUAACUACAUUAACAAAGGGAUUGAAAAAGCUGUUUUUGAUAUACCUAAAGAUGCUCAAAUCAUUGUUCUAAAUUUUGCGAAUGAACAAUCACCAGGGGGCGGUUAUUUACAACAUGCCAGGGCACAAGAAGAAAUUAUUCUUUACAAUUCAGAUGGUUAUCGAGCAUUACUUGAUCUCAAAUAUCAACGAAUGAACGGUGGUUAUGCUAUACCCGAAUUUGGAUUAGCCUAUGUUCGUAAUAUACGUUUCUUUGAUGCAGAAUCAGAGGAACGACAUCGUUUAGCAGAUAUGUUGGUGUCGGCAUGUUACUGUUUAAAUGGAUCUGAACUUUAUGAUAAUCCGAGGACUCGUGAGGAGUUGAAAAAAAAUAAUUUGACUAAAUUUCGUGCAUUUAUGGCAGCAGCUGUUGCAAAUACAAUAGGUGAUGGUAGUAAUACUUAUCUUUUACUUGGACCUAUUGGUACUGGUGCAUUUGGAAAUGAUGUUGAAGAUAUAGCUGAAUGUUUUCGUGAAGUACUCGAAAUGCCAAUGAUGAAUUCAACACGACCUAUUCGUUAUGCUUUUAGUAAUAUUUGGUUUGUUUCUAUAGAUGAUUGGAAAAAUGAUAUUUUCCAGAAAAUCUUACCUAAAAGUGAAUCUGAUAAUGCUGAAGAACUUUAA